CGCUGCUCACUUUUCCUCCCCAGUCUCACCCUUUGAUUCUCGCGAGAACUUAGAGUCCGUAGGGCAGGCGGAAGCAGCGUCCAGUCCUCUUUCCUGGCCGCCAUAGUGGAGCCAGCAGCGGGCCAAAAUGAAGUUCAAUCCUUUUGUGACCUCGGACCGCAGCAAGAACCGCAAGAGGCACUUCAAUGCACCCUCUCACAUUCGCAGGAAGAUCAUGUCUUCCCCCCUUUCCAAGGAGCUAAGGCAGAAAUACAAUGUCCGCUCUAUGCCAAUCCGAAAAGAUGACGAAGUCCAGGUUGUCCGGGGACAUUAUAAAGGCCAGCAAAUCGGCAAGGUAGUCCAGGUAUACAGAAAAAAAUACGUCAUCUACAUUGAACGUGUACAGCGUGAGAAGGCCAACGGCACAACAGUCCAUGUUGGAAUCCAUCCUAGCAAGGUGGUGAUCACUAGGCUAAAACUGGACAAGGAUCGCAAAAAGAUCUUGGAACGCAAAGCAAAGUCUCGCCAAGUUGGCAAGGAAAAGGGCAAAUACAAGGAAGAAACCAUUGAAAAGAUGCAAGAAUAAAUGGUCUCCUGUGUGUCACCCAUUAAAAGAACUGCUAAAAUGAAA